AUGCAAUACCAAUUGCAAGUCCAAGAAAUUACUCCGUUACAAAACGCUUUUAUGGACGUUGUUAUUUUAGUGGGAACACCUCCUAAUACUCAACAACAAUUAGAUAUUAAAUUACCUGCUUCUGCUACUUUAACAGACUUUUUUAAGACUAUCCAAAGUGAAAUGGCAGAAAAGAAAUUAAUUCCAUCUCAAUUUGCUAUUCAAUACAAACAAUAUGACUCAGUAUGUCAAGUUCCUGUUUUUGCUCUAUUAGAACAAUUCUCAACAAUAGAAAUUAUGACAGAAGAAUUAUAUAAUAAUGCUCAAACUGAUCAUCAUAUAGAAACUCCUAUGGAAAUUGAACCAACACAACCUUUAAUAGAAAAAACUUAUAACGUUUCUUGCCAUCGUUGUAAGACACGUAAAAAUGAAUGUUUACGCUGUCCAAUUAAUCCAAAACAUAAAUUUUGUGAAGGGUGUAUUACAAAAUAUACUACUCUUGAUAAAUUCUUAAGUGAUGGUUGUCCUAUUUGUCAAAAUAAAUGUCAAUGUGCUUCAUGUAAAAGAAAAGAAUUGAAGCGUUUAGGAAUAGAAGCACCUAUCCCAAAGAGAUGA